AUGAGCUACGAAAGCGUGGAACUUAACGAUUCCUCGUUGCAGGCUUCAGCUGCUUCAGGAGACGUUCUUCCUGUUGUGCAGGAUACGUGUAUGGCAGGGUCCAAUUUAGAUGAGGUUUAUGAGGCGGUACUUAAGGUUGUAAUAUUGGAAUAUAUCAAUGAGCCUAGGUUUCGAAAGAAGUUCAAGAAAGUUGAGGAAGUGGAAGAGAGUGAGCCACUUUUGCGGGAUAUUUUGCGGGAUAAGUCUUCGUUGAAGCCCAAGGAUACAGAGAGGAAGCGUGCGACAUGGUUUAGGUUGAACAGCGAUUUGGGGUCAGGAGAAGCGAGCACACUCAAAAAGAUUAGGCCUAUACUAGAAAACAGGUUGUCAUCGAUAGCUAUUGGCAAUUAUAAGCUUAAGGAUGAUUUAUUGCGUAGAAGUUUGUUGAAACUAUAUAAUGAUUUAUUUUUGGAUCCUAAGAUGUCUAACAUGUUGGAUUACAUGGCACGAUUUGAGGAGUUGAUUAUGCUAUUUGCUAAAGCCGCCAGUGGGGAAAUUUUAAAGUUGGAUAUUGAGUACACACAGAAGGCUUUAUAUCAACAAGUUUCUCAUUUUAUUGAUCUAUUAAUUCAGUUAUUGGAUGUUGGUGGGUUGUCGACUCCUGAAUUUGUUUCAAAGUUAAAGAGCUACACUGAUUCGUUUAAGCCAGGUGAAGGCGAUGGUGCUCCACGGGCAAGAAUUUCUAAUCUUGUUGGCGUAAAUAAGACGAGGACCAAGGUUGUAGAGGUUACUGUGAAGCCUGCAUUCAAAAUAUCAGAAAUUGCACAUUCUGGAUAUAUCAAGGAAUUAUUUGGCGUUGAUGAUAGAAAACUUAAUGAAGAUUUACUAAGAAUUAAAAACGAAGUAAAAAACGAUAUUUAUCAGGAUGAAUUAAAAUUGGUAAGAGAUAAAGUAGCAAAUGGAACUGCAGGAUUUACUACGGAGGACUUCACCUCCAAGGAUUUAUACCAACAGUGGAAGGAGUCUGAAUUGCGCAUGAUUGAUGAAUUGGUUAAUAAAUUAGAAGAAUCGAAGGCUGGUCAUAAUGUGUCUGCAGAUGGUAUAUCCUUCAGCAAAGUUAUACCAAUAAAUGCUAGAGAUUUCUACCUACAACUCCUUUGCUCGAUAUUAAAUCAUGAGAAGCCCUGUGUGACUGAACCGAUCUCCGCUCAUGGACAGUUUUUGAUUUCCAAGUGUGCCAAGUAUUGGCGGUUGGAGUUAUUUUCUACCCGUGCUUCACUAUUUUACGCGGCAUCCAAUCUGACGUUGUUAAAGGGUAGCGAACUAGAUCAUGAACGAGCAGAGUAUCUUAUACAAGUUGCCCAGUCUAGUGGUAGUCAAGGCAUAGAGUCAGAGCAUGAUAAUUCUAAAUGGAACUCCAUUGAUAGGCAUCAAUGGUUAACUAAUUUAAACAAAACUUUCAGUCAAUGUAUGAUUUCAUUACAGGAAUUAAUACCGCAGUUGUAUUCCCCCACGAAGCCAAAGUUUUCGCCUGUUUUAAACAUAUAUCACAAUUAUGUAUUGGGAGAUCCGCUAAUGCAACAUUAUAACUUAAUUAAUACCGAUAUUCAUCGUAAGUGGGUUAAAAAGUUAAGGGGUACGUUGUUCAAGACUAAUGAGGAGUGCUACAUUUCUUUGCUACAAAAGAUACCCAAGGAGCGCACUGUUUCGAUGUAUCAAAUCCAAGAAAUUGCUGAGUGCAUUUUGGAACAAAUAAAGAGCACUCAGAAACGUUAUCCAAAACCGCUUUUGAAAGGAUUAAACAUUGCACACGAAUGUGCUGCUGUGUUGAUUGGGGCGUUUGGCAAUGAUCUUGCAAGAAUGUUGCCUCGUGCAGAACAGAAUGCUAUUUCUACAGGAAAUGAUUUAGAUGCUAUUGAUUCCAUUAAUAUAUACAAGUCGCUACAAGAAUUACGCAAGGUUUACACCCAAGUUCGAGAUGAUGAAUUCCCAUUUAACCUUGAAAAAUUCUUCAUAAAGUAUUUCUUCCAGUUAUGUGAAGAAACCAGUAAGAAGAUCCUUAGCGUUAUUGAUACAUCUAGGAAGAAAGACAUCUGGGAACCUGUUGGCGAGGGAGUUUAUUACAGUGCAUCAGUAGUGGAUAUUUUUAAAAUGAUGAAUGAAUCGCUCAGUAUUUUUGAUAAGUUAGGAUGGGGGGAUGAAUACCAAAUAGCUAAGAUCAAGACCUUUUUGCUCAAGGCCUUUUCCGAUGGCUUGUGCCAGUAUGCUUCUAAAGUGGUGAUGUUAAUUGAAGAGGAUUUAUUUCAGAAUUUUUCAUCCUCGCCUGAAGAUUCCGGGUUUGAUAGUCCACUGAUGCAACAGACUACUGCCGAGCGGGUUAAAAAUACAUGGUUAUUCAACGAGAUGAGGAAUGCCUUAAGACCUGCCACGGAUGAACCUCCUGAAGCCUUUGAAUUUAAGCGGCGUACUUGUAUCUGUUUAAAUAAUUUGAGCGAAAUGAUGGCUAAGAUUAGCGAGCUUGAAGAAACUAUAGAUGCUGAGCAUAUUUCUCAAGUUGUACGCCGCUUUGAAGCUACGCACUCUAUCAAACAGAAUGGUCUUUUGAACAUGCAUAAAAAGAGGGAGGUAACUAAUCAGUUGUACACCAUUCGUGUAAUCAAAGCUGAGAAUAUAUUACCAUUCACAAGCGACGGUUUUUCUAAUAGUGCCGCAACGCUUGUCGAUACUUCCAUCCGCAAGGAAAUUGCCAAGACGAAGGUUAUACGCAAGACCGUGAACCCUGUCUGGGAUGAAGUAUUCGAAUUAGAGAUCCCAUCCGUUGAGGUACGUGUUAUAAGUGCCACCAUUUGGCACCACUCUUCUAAGAUGAGUCCUUUGAGUUCUUAUAAAGUUUGUGGUAAGUGUUCUAUUCUUCUUGACCCAUCUCGUUUCAACAACGACGGUUAUCCUGAGGAGGUUAUCUUAGAUCUUGAUACCCAAGGUCGUCUUUACUUACAGAUUUCACUGGAAAACGAACGUGUUGAUGCCAUGUUUAGUGUCGGCAGGGCCUAUCGUGCUUUAUCACGUGCAUGCGAUAGGGGAAUCGGUUUGAUGGUAAGCAAGUUUUCUGCGUUUGUUAGCUUUUCGCUUUCCCGUAAUACUCUAAAGUCGGUUUGCAUAAAUAGCAGCGCCAGUGGCAUCGGCAGCAUCGGCGGCGGCAUCGCUGGUGGAAUUAGCGACGCAGAAAGGAAAAACAUUGUUUAUGAUGCUAUCUCACCACUAUUUGAUUAUUUGAACUCGAAUUUAGCAAUAAUGGCUACCGAAUUAAACCGCUCUUUGCUUCACAAAGUUAUGCUACAAGCAUGGAAUACCAUAUUGAACGCUGCGGAUACACUUUUGUUGCCCAAUUUGUCUAGCGCUCGUUCUAUGAAAAAGGCAGUAAGUUCUAAAAGCAUGACAUUGUGGGAAAACGCCAUGAACAUCGCUAAAGGUGAGAAUGGCGCCGAUUCCUACUAUUCCUAUUACUACAGCGGCAGCAGCAGCAGCAGCGGAACUCUCACCAGCAAUGGAGGCACUGGCAGCGGCGCCAUUGCAGGCCUAAUCGGCGGGCCAGCAGCAGGCGGACAGUCAGACGGACAAGGAAGCGGCGGACUAUUAGCCAGCGGACAAGCAGCUGAAGCAAACAAUUAUAAUAACAACAUAGUAGGAUUCGGUAUGACGCUUACCCAACGUGAAGUAGAUAUUGUAUUUGAAUGGCUCCGCGCUCUCUGUGUCGAUUUCUUCCACAAUUCCGGCGAAGGACCCCCAUUACAAGCCCUCAAGAACCAGCAUUACCAAAAUUUACUACUAGUACCUGUAUUCUACGAUAAAUCCGUGGAAGAACUCGAAAGCGAAGUCGAAAGAUUGAUGCCCCUGUACGAGCAAUAUUUGGAUCAUCGAAACUGCUUUGAAUUUUCACGUCACAGCAACUUCAACAAUCAUCGAACAUCGCGCGGCCCCCCACUACCACGCAGGGACUCCGUAUGGGCUCACAGUUCGAAAACAAAGAGAGCACAAGCUGCCGCCGCUGUAAGGCAGCUAGAAAAUGACCCCUUGGAGGUCUCUGCCGUCACACAAGACAUCAUAUUAAGAAUCCUUUUGGCAAAGGGUCAGUCGAAGUAUGUUUACGAUACUUUAAACCACCGCUCCAAGCUCGCUAAAGCCAUUGCUACAAAGAAACUAGUUCAGGCGGCCGUCCGAGGUCCUAAACCUCACUAA